AUGCCAAAUGAUUGUCAGUGUCCAUGUAUACACAUUAUCGGCCAUUUGGACGACGUGAAGUGGUUGCAGUCGCCUCGCAAACACAAGCCCAGUCGUAAUCCUUUGUCAAUAUGCGAUUGGACUCAGAAUUAUCACAUAUGGCUGCAUUAUGUGGAGAGUGCCGACGGUUCGAUAGUCGAAGAUGACAUUCUAAGAUCAACAGACACUCGGUAUUGGUCCAUCCAUGAUGUACAAAGGUACUAUCUCGGGGAUCUGCAUUGUGAGCAAGUGUUGUUCACUUAUCAAUAUCCGAACCUACAGAUGCCUACAACUCUUGGCAGCUUCUUUUGGAAAGCCAAUACAGCGUUAAAGUUGCCACCAGCAUUAUAUUUAAAAGAGUUGCACCGAUCCAUCGAACAUACGUUAAGGAAAAUGGAAGUACAGAACUCUCAAAUGGAUCGUCUAAUUAUAUCGGAUCAACUAAUUAAGAUCGAUCGUCUAGAUUGUUUUAAACGGAAAUCCUUUUUCAAAAGUAUGAAACAUAUAAUAAGUUCCCAGGAUCGUCUACAGUUGGUUUCGCUAGAAAACUUAUGCUGUAAACGGUUGGAAGGCAUAGAGCUCCUUCAAACGCUUGCCUGUUUCGUUGCUGACACUUUAAAGUACUUAUUCCUCUGGCGGUUCGUCUUGCCCAAUGAGAAUCCUAUACUUAUCAACUACAGAUAUAUCACUGGGAGUGGACAAUAUAUCGAUCGUCCGGAUAUUGGAGCUUGUUUCCUACGCUGCCUCGCCGAGCUACGCAACCUGCGUGUCCUAGCGUUGGAAUACGCACACAUCGCUGACGGCAUCGGCUACGCACUUCUCUCCCUACUGCCCAUUCUACGGAGACCACACUUCCGUUUACAGUUGAUAUGCCGUGAAGAUCAGAUCCCUGGGCGGACUGAUGCAGCGCUCGGCGUGGGUGGCUACGACAUCCCUGACACGGCGUGGCGGCGCGUGGCAAUCGCCUGCCCCGACCUGUAUUUGUUCAUGGCAUUCUUUCGUAUCCGAGAUUACGACAACGUCCGGCGUUUCUUAACCCCAAGUAUACCGCUGCGCGAAGUUCACUUGCAAUAUGGGAUUGAUUUAAAUAUCACACAGCGACAAGAUUCCGAUGUCAGCUAUUUUAUACGUCAUCUGGCCUACAGAUAUGCUGACACCCUAGUCACGUUGAGCAUCCACCAGUGGCGCACAGUGGAGGUACCAAUGCGUUGUAUUUUUGAGUUGAUGCCUCGUCUUGUAAGAUUCCAGUACACGGGCCUUGUUAACCUUACCGAUUUGCAUGAUGCCCUUAUCAUCAUAUCAUGCGGAGUCUGUGAGAAACUAAAACAAAUUAACAUACAAAUUCAAGACGAGGAUUCCAAUCGAUGUUAUAUGAAAAAGUUAGCAGAAAAGUUGACUGAAGAAUUCCAAGAUAUAAUGGAACUUUACGACAUUUCUUUCUGUAUUAAUAUUUAUAAAUCUUGACUUUAAAAUAAUAAAAGCAAUACCUAUUUUAAAGUCUUUUACCUGUUCUCUUUUAAAUUCAAAAUUCAUUUAUUUCAAGUAGGCUCAGUUUACAAGCACUUUUGACACGUCAGUUGACUAUUUGUAAAGAUUCUACCAUCGGUUCGGAAGGCAGGUUCUGCUGAGAAGAUACCGGCAAGAAACUCAACAGUUGCUCUUUUGAAAAAGUCAUACAGUAUUACAAUUUACAUUUGAUAACAAUUAAAUCACAAUUUCUUAUAGUUUUAUUUCCUGUGUGAAGGUGGAAGCUGAUCCAAUGGCCUCCAAGCACCUUUGUCGUUAAGGAACUCAUCAAUAGUGUAGUAACCUCGACUAAGUAAAUGUUUUUUAACACAUUGCUUAAAGUUGUGUAUUGGCAAGUCCAUCACAGUCUUGGGGAUCUUGUUAUAGAAGAGUACACCCAAACCCACAAAAGAUUUUUUAACUCUUUGGAGACGAUAUGCAGAAAUAACUAACUUAUGCCCGUGUCUAGUAAGACGUGGGUUUAAAUCUCCUUUUCGUUUGUACAAAUUAAUAUUUUGUCUUACAUAAACUAUACUGUUAUAUAUAUACUGACAUGCUUUAGGUAAAAGCUCUGCCAAUAUACGAUCACUACUUAUUAUACAGUGGUACAUACAAUAUUGUAUAGACGGACAAUAUAAUUAUUAAUAGGCUUAAAGGAUUUUAUCUGUACUGUAGUGCAUCAGCAAUGUUUGCGUACGGAAGGACUGACAGCUUCUCUACAGUCAUACGGAAACGAACGGCAACGCUGAUGAGCAGGUUGAGGGGGAGCACUAACACCUUCCU